AUGCAGGUUUCCAUCGCGUGUAACGUUGCGGGCGGAGCCGGAGGGGGCGGGGCCAGUGGCGAGCACGUGCUAAAGGAGCGGCGCUCGGCUAACCAGGCUAACGCCGCUAAUGUCGCACAAGGCAGGGCCAGGGUGGAGCCAACCAGGACCCUCGGACACGCCCACAUGAACGAGGCGCCCGGGUGCCACGGCAACAUGAUGUACAGUCCAGGUGGGGCUGUUGGGACGGUUGUGGUCGGGGCGGUUGUGGUCGGGGCGGUUGUGGUCGGGACGGUUGUGGUCGGGACGGUUGUGGUCGGGACGGUUGUGGUCGGGACGGUUGUGGUGGUUGUGGUUGGGGCAGUUGGGGUGGUUGUGGUCGGGGCGGUUGUGGUGGUUGUGGUCGGGACGGUUGUGGUGGUUGUGGUCGGGACGGUUGUGGUGGUUGUGGUCGGGGCGGUUGUGGUCGGGACGGUUGUGGUCGGGGCGGUUGUGGUCGGGGCGGUUGUGGUCGGGACGGUUGUGGUCGGGACGGUUGUGGUUGGGGCGGUUGUGGUUGGGGCGGUUGUGGUCGGGGCGGUUGUGGUUGUGGUCGGUUGUGGUCGGGGUGGUUGUGGUCGGGCGGUUGUGGUUGUGGUCGGGGCGGUUGUGGUCGGGGCGGUUGUGGUUGUGGUCGGGGCGGUUGUGGUCGGGGCGGUUGUGGUCGGGGCGGGAACCUGGGUGACGUUUGGCUCUCAGAUCUCAGACGAGGAGGCGGAGCAGAUCUUGACUCUGGCCUAUGACAGUGGAGUGAACCUGUUCGACACUGCAGAGGUGUAUGCUGCAGGACGGGCAGAGACCACGCUGGGAUCCAUCCUGAAGAAGAAGUCCUGGAGCAGGUCCAGCUUCGUGGUCACGACCAAGAUCUACUGGGGCGGACAAGCUGAGACGGAGAGAGGACUGUCCCGCAAACAUAUUAUUGAAGGUCUCAAGAGCUCCCUCUGCAGGUUACAGUUGGAUUACGUGGACAUUGUUUUUGCAAAUCGCAGUGACAUCAGUGCUCCCAUGGAAGAGGUGGUGAGGGCCAUGAGUUUCCUGGUGGACCAGGGUCUGGCUUUACACUGGGGCACGUCUCACUGGAGCUCAGCAGAGAUCAUGGAGGCGUACUCGGUGGCGAGGCAGUUUAACCUGGAUGCCCCGGUCUGUGAACAGUCUGAGUAUCACUAUUUCCACCGAGACAAAGUGGAACUGCAGCUGCCGGAGCUUUACCACAAGAUCGGUGUGGGCGUGGUCACGUGGUCUCCUCUGGCGUCUGGACUCAUCACAGGAAAAUACAACCACGGCGUCCCCCAGAGGUCGAGAGCCACAGUGCAGGGUUACUCGUGGCUGAGGGAGCGCCUCUGCAGUGAUGAGGGGAAGAAGCAGCUCAGUAAGGUCCAAGAGCUCCACCAGGUGGCUGAGAGCUUGAACUGCACCCCCGCCCAGCUCGCCAUCGCCUGGUGUUUACGCUCUGGGGGCGUGUCCUCGGUUCUUCUGGGCGUGUCCAACGUAGAACAGCUACAGGAGAAUCUGGGCUCCAUCAAGGUUCUCUCUCUCCUUGAUGAAUCUGUUCUUUCUCAGAUCGACCGUCUCCUUGGAAACAAGCCUGAGGUGAAGAGGCGGGGCCAGCCGCGCCCCUGAGCGUCCAAUCAGA